AUGACGGGGGUCAAAAGCGCUUCUGAGCGCUACCAAAAGAUAUCACAGCUGGAGCAUAUUCUAAAGAGACCUGAUACAUACGUGGGCUCGGUUGAGGUACAGGAGCAAACACAGUGGAUCCACAAUGAAGAGACUGAGUGCAUGGAGGAGAAGGUGGUUAAAAUUGUUCCGGGAUUGUUUAAGAUUUUCGACGAAAUUCUGGUAAACGCUGCAGACAACAAAGUUCGCGACCCAACUAUGAAGAAAAUCGAGGUAACCAUUAACAAAGAGGAAGGUCUAAUUGAGGUCAAAAACGACGGAAAGGGGAUCCCUAUUGAAAUUCACGAUAAGGAACAAAUCUACAUUCCUGAAAUGAUUUUUGGACAUCUAUUAACAUCUUCAAAUUACGAUGAUGAUGAGAAAAAAGUCACUGGUGGUAGAAAUGGUUAUGGUGCCAAACUCUGCAAUAUCUUCUCGUCAGAAUUUAUUUUGGAGACAUGCGACCCUGUAAAGGGCGAAAAAUAUGUCCAGAAGUGGGAGAACAAUAUGACAGUCUGCCAUAAGCCCAAAAUCACCUCUUACAAGAAAGGUCCUUCGUAUACUAAGGUUUCAUUUCGGCCCGACUUAAAAAGAUUUGGCAUGGAUGUAUUGGAUGAUGACACCGUUGGUGUCAUGCGUAGAAGGGCGUUCGAUGUCAAUGGCUCUGUUAGAGAUGUCAGUGUCUACUUAAAUGGAAAAAGCUUAAAGAUUCGGAACUUCAAAAAUUAUGUGGAACUAUACCUAAAGUCACUGGAGAAAAAGAAAUCCGAGGAGCAGGGUACUGAAGCUGGAAAUACUCCUACCAUACUUUACGAAAGGCUCAAUGAUAGGUGGGAAAUAGCAUUUGCGGUAUCAGAUGUGGCCUUUCAACAAAUUUCUUUCGUGAACUCGAUAGCGACAACAUCUGGAGGUACCCACGUAAACUAUGUGUCCGACCAAAUUGUGAAAAAGAUUACAGAAUAUUUGAAGAAGAGAAAGAAGGGCAAGACAAUCAAAGCCUUUCAAAUCAAGAAUCAUAUGUUUGUGUUUAUUAACUGUCAGAUUGAGAACCCUGCCUUCACAUCCCAAACCAAAGAACAGUUAACCACAAGAGUUAAGGACUUUGGUUCAAAGUGCGAAUUGAAGGACGAGUUUAUUAACAAGAUUAUGAAAACCGAACUGGCGGAGAAGAUCUUUGAGAUCGCUGACAAAAAUGAAGACAAAGCAUUACAAAAAUCUGAUGGUACAAGGAAGAAUCGAAUCACAGACUACCCUUCGCUCGAGGAUGCCAAUUUUGCUGGUACGAAGCAAAGUCAAAAAUGUACUUUAGUUUUGACCGAAGGUCUUUCUGCCCAGUCCCUUGCUGUAGCCGGGCUAGGUGUUGUAGGCCGUGAUUUUUAUGGCUGUUAUCCAUUGCGGGGCAAGAUGUUGAACGUGAGAGAAGCGAAUGCCGAUCAGAUUAUGAAAAACGCUGAAAUUCAAGCUAUCAAGAAAAUUGUGGGGUUGCAACACAAGAAGAAGUAUGAAGAUACCAAAACUCUACGAUACGGCCAUAUCAUGAUUAUGACCGAUCAAGAUCACGAUGGGUCUCACAUUAAGGGGUUGAUCAUAAAUUUCCUCGAAAGCUCCUUUCCGGGUCUGUUAGAUAUACCAGGGUUCCUGAUUGAGUUUAUUACCCCAAUUGUGAAGGUAACAAUAACUAGACCCAAACGUGAAGUAAUUUCCUUCUACAACAUGCCUGAUUAUGAAGAUUGGAGAGAGAAGGAGGGUCACAAAGUGACAUGGAAGCAGAAGUACUAUAAAGGUUUGGGUACCUCAUCGUUGCAAGAAGCCAGAGAGUAUUUCUCGGAUCUCGACACACAUUUGAAGAGAUUUCAUGCCCUUGCGGGAGAUGACUGUCACCUCAUUGAUCUAGCUUUCUCUAAAAAGAAGGCCGAUGAUCGUAAAGAGUGGUUGCGACAAUAUGAGCCAGGGAACACCUUGGACCCUCAAUUGGCCGAAAUUCCGAUCUGUGACUUUAUCAACAAAGAACUCAUUCUUUUUUCCUUAGCUGACAAUGUCAGAUCUAUUCCUUCCGUAUUGGAUGGCUUUAAACCAGGACAGCGUAAGGUUUUGUACAGUUGUUUCAAGAGGAAGCUGCGGUCUGAAAUUAAAGUUGCUCAGCUUAUCGGGUAUGUGUCAGAGCAUACAAGUUAUCAUCAUGGUGAAAUGUCACUGGCUCAGACAAUUGUGGGCAUGGCUCAAGAUUUUGUCGGCUCCAACAAUAUCUAUUUAUUGAAACCUAACGGUGCUUUUGGUACCAGAGCUACCGGUGGUAAAGAUUCUGCUGCCCCUCGUUAUAUUUUCACGGAAUUGAACCAAAUUACACCCGUAAUUUUCAAUCCUCUUGACAGUCCGUUGCUGAACUUUUUGCAAGAAGAUGAUCAAACAAUCGAGCCUGAAUGGUACCUUCCUGUUAUACCUAUGUUACUUGUCAACGGAGGUGAAGGUAUUGGUACUGGUUGGAGCACUAAUGUUCCUCCUUUUAACCCGUUGGACAUCGUCAAAAACAUCAAGAAGUUGAUGACAGGGGAGGAAAUGGACGGGAUGGCACCUUUUUACAGAGGCUGGAGAGGAAGCUUAGAAAAAAUUGACGCCCAACGCUACAGAAUGUACGGCCGUAUUGAGCAAGUUGGGCCUAAUACUCUAGAAAUCACUGAACUCCCAGCUAAAACGUGGAUUGCCACUGUGAAGGAGCAUUUAUUACUCGGCUUGUCCGGUAAUGAGAAAGUCAAGCCUUGGAUCAAAGACAUGCAGGAAAACCACGGUGCAACAAUCAAAUUUACUGUUACACUUUCCGAUGAAGAGAUGACCAAGACUCGAAAAUUAGGUUUUUAUGAGAGGUUCAAAUUAAUUUCGAGCAUCAGCUUGGCCAAUAUGGUAGCUUUCGAUCCUCAGGGCCGCAUAAAGAAAUAUGAGGAUGUAAGGGAUAUGUUAGCAGACUUUUACUAUGUGCGUCUGGAAUAUUAUCAGAAACGGAAGGACUACAUGUCCGAAAGGUUACAGUGGCAAGUGGAGAAGUUAUCACAGCAGGUGCGAUUUCUAAAGCUGAUUGUGGAAAAAAAAUUAAUUGUGAGUAACAAAUCGCGCGCCAUGCUCUUUGCGGAACUUGAGCAGCUUGGUUUCCCCAAAAUAAAUCAAGAAGGAAGGCCAUUUUAUGGAAAGGUUGACAAUGAAGAGGAACAAAACGUCAUAGAAGCUACUCUCGAGGAAGUUGAGGAUGAAGACGAUGAUGUCGAAGGAGAGAUAAAUGGACCGCAGCAGAAGUAUGGUACUUUUGAAUAUUUGUUGGGUAUGAAGAUUUGGUCCUUGACUAAGGAGAAGUAUGAACGGUUGAUGAGGCAACAGCAAGAAAAAGAGGUUGAACUGGAAGCUUUGCUGCGGUUAUCAGCCAAAGAUUUAUGGACUCAGGAUCUAGAUGAGUUUGAAAAAGCCUAUUCGGCCUUUAUGAAACAUGACGAAAUGGUGCGCAACACGAUAACUCCAGAUGCGGCAGUGAAGCAAAAGGGGAAACGGAAAAGGGGCAAGAAAGAUGAUGAUGAUUAUGAUCCCGGUCGUAAGAAGAAGUCAAAAACUACCUCUGCAACGAAGGUUAAAGUAGAGGAUCCACAGUUCGAAUCCAUCUUAAUCGAACAAAAAGCCCUUGAAAAGCCCAAGAGAACCGCCAAGGUAAAAGAUGAAAACCAGCCAACGCUUGAAGGUUUGGUUGGUAAAUCAAAAGGGAAGCAAGUAAUGAAAGAUUCCGAGUCUCUCCCUCAAUCUGUGUCUGGAUCGGCGACGCCCCCGGGCCAGAAAUCUGAGUCCUCUAGAAGCCAAAGCGUUGAUUCGGCAGGUAAUUCCGCUAAACCUAAGGAGGAGGAGAAAGACAGCAUGAGUGUGUUUUCCAGCAAAUUCAAGCAAGCCAGUGCGCUGUUCGAUAACUCGACUUCGCCUGAACCUGCAUCUGCUUCCUUGAAAGACGCAAGCUCAACGAAGCCCAAAAAAGUUGCAGUACGGAAGGCCGCAGCUCCCAAAUCCAAGUCAAACAGGAAGAAGAAUAUUAUUCUUGACGACGACGACGACGACGACGAUAUUGAAUUUGGAGCAGAUAGCGACUUUGAAGUUUUAUCAAAUGAGCCGAGCGAAGUUAGGAGAGAACCGCGCAGCAGACGUGCUGCCGCUAGAACUCCUCCAGCCGUAUCCUACAGAGAUGAAGGCUCUGGUGACGAAAACCAAGACGAUGAUCUGGACCAAUCCGUUGCGUUGGACGGCGACGACGAAUCCUUCUACGAGUCCGAGUAA